AUGGUCGACGUCACCUCCAAGGUGCAGAUCAUCGAGCACGUCAACAAGCCGCUCUCGCAGACCGUCUAUGACACCAAGUGGGUGCCGUGCUCCGCGCGGUUCGUCUCGCUCGGCACCCCGGCUCGGCAGACGGGACUCAUCCACGUGUACUCCCUCACGGCCGGCGACAUCGAGCUGCAGGCGGAGCUUGAGCGUCCAAAGGCGUUCAAGUGCGGGACGUUUGGCGCGUCGUCCAUCGCGGAGCGCCAUCUCGCGACCGGCGACUUUGCGGGCGGCGUCGCCCUCUGGGACCUCGAGCGGCUGCAAGAGCCUCUCAUUGCGACGCAGGGCCACGAGGCCAUCAUCAACUGCAUCGACGGGUGCGGCGGGCUGAAGGGCGCCGGGGCGCCCGAGAUCGCGACGGGCGGGCGCGACGGCGCCGUCCACGUCUGGGACCCGCGCCAGCGGGACCGGCCGGUGCGAGACUGCUGGGCGGUCGCGUUCGGCGACGCGCACAGCGCGGACAGCCGAGUGGUGGCGGCCGGGUACGACAACGGCGACGUGAAGCUGCUCGACCUGGUCGCCGGCAAGCUGCGCUUCGAGACCAAUGUGAGCAACGGCGUCUGCGGGGUCGAGUUUGACCGCAACGACAUCGAGAUGAACAAGCUGGUCCUCACGACGCUCGAGUCGCGCUACCGCCUCUACGACAUGCGGACGCACCACCCCGUGCACGGCUACUCCUUCCUCUCGCAGGAGGCGCACCAGUCGACCGUCUGGGCGGCGCGCCACCUGCCGCAGAACCGCGACGUCUUCAUGACGUGCGGCGGCAACGGCUCGCUCGAGCUGUGGAGGUACUCUUACCCCGCGCAGCGCUCGAUCAAAGACAAGGACGGCCACGCCAAGGCGCGGACCCUUCCGAGACUCUUCCUAGACCCCCCCGGCGUGCUCGGCACGGUGACGCAGCUGCAAAAGAAGAAAUUCUCCACGCAGCCGAUCGCCUCCUUCGACUGGCACGCCGACAAGGAGGGCCUCGCGGUGAUGGGCGUGCUCGACCAAACGGUGCGCGUGCUGCUCUGCACAAAGCUGAACUUGGUGUGAGCCGGGCGGCGCCGGAGACCGGAGACCGUGCUCACGUAAUUUUGUAUUUGCAUGGGCGAGGGGGGGGAGGGUCGCUGGGGGAACCCGCGUGGGAGUUCUCUGCUGCUUUGUGUGUUUCAACUGUGUCUGAUAGCUGAUAGGUUAU